GUAUCAGGCGGCCUGACUGCGCUGGUGAGGUGAGCGAGGAGAGAGGCGGUGCUUGAGCGGCACAGCAGGUGCGAGGGCAAAGGAAGAGACGAGGCGUGGUGUUGGUGACCGUCCGCCAGCGCGCUCGUGGGUCUCCCCCCCGAUGCAGCGUCCUUGAUCAACUUUCAUCCCUGCACCCAUUCGCAACAUUGCCUUUCCUCUUACCCUGCUAACCCCAGCUACCAUGGUCAAAUUCACGACUCUUAUCCACACGUCCAUCGUCGCCCUCGCCGUCUUCUUUACGGCGAGGACCAAGGCCAGUCCCGUCAUCUACACCCCCACGAGCCUAGUGCAAUGUCUCGCUGCCCAGAUUACAUGGGAAAACGCCGCGCCGCCCGUCUACAUCGCGGUAUAUGAAGGCAGCAAGAUGGAGGGUGAGCCCAUCUACCGCAUCGAAGCUCAGAACGCUGCAACGGGCCAUUACACCUGGCACGUCAACGUCAAGGCAGGCACCAAGAUCACCCUUCAAGUCCGUGACAACAACGGAGAGACAAACGCUUCGUCGCAGGUCGUCGUUCAGAAGCCUCCUUCGGAAGCUGGCAACUGCUGCGAAAAGGCGAACGCCUUCCUUCGACGCGACGACGAUUCUGACACCCCCUUCAUGCCCAUGCUUCCCAAUCCCGACAACACCACCAAUCGUGUCACUCCGACUACUGCCAACGGAACUUCGUUCUUCCCUUCUCAACAGGACGGCGGCAACAACGAAUGUGCCGGUAGCCUCGUCGGUAGCGGCAAGAGUGAUGAUUCGGGAACCUCGAGCAGCAGUAGCAGCGGCGGCUCAAGCAGCUCGAGCUCUGGCUCGGGUUCAGGAUCCGGCUCCAGCUCUGGCUCUGGCAGUUCCAAGAACUCGACCACCAGCUCAACGCCGAAGUCGUCCAACUCAAGCUCCUCGUCGACUACGUCUGGAGGGUCCAACAGCAGCUCCACCGGAUCUGGCGGCUCAAGCAGCACCGACACAACGAGUUCAUCUACGCCUAGCUCAACGUCCUCUUCUUCCAGCGAGCCCUCUUCGAGCGGCAGCGGCAGCUCGACUAAUGCUUCAGGUGCUACAACCACCGGCCACAACGUCGCCGCCACAGUCGGCCCCAAGCUUGGCAUCACCAUUCCCUGCGCUGCCGCUGUUGGUCUGCUGGGCCUCCUCGCUCACGCUCUCUUCUAGACGAAAGCGACGCCUCGUUCAGGUCGAGCUUGGUUUGCCAUUGAGGACGCCACGGACAUCGCAGCGGGUUGAUCUGGCCUCGCGUCGUCCUCGAAGACCGAUCUCGUACUCAAUUGUACAUCUCUUCUCUUAUUUCCCGCUGAGAGCCUCUCGACUCU